CCAUUAAUCCUUCAAAAUGAUCAACAAAACGCAUGGAAAAAAACAGUACAGAUCGAUGAAAUUCUUUAUUUCGGAUUCUGAAACCAUUGAAACACCGAAACGUAACGUUGUUUAACCUUUGUUCUACCCAAGUCGUUAACCAUAAGCAAGCUUCAGUCGGCGCCACACAUCGUUCUUCUUAUGGGUUUCCCCCUUAAAGAGAUAGAUCAUUUUGGGAAUUCACAGAGUGACUGAUGUUGUUUCAGAUGAACCGAGUAGAAUGGGAGAGGGAGAAUUUGGGGGUUUAUAGGGAGGAGAAAGGUGAGGGCGUGGCUUUCUUACAAUUUCAAUGGUUGCUUUCUAGAGUUGUUUCUCUUUCUUUUUCUUUCAUCUUCAAGGUGUUUUUGUUCUAUAUUAUGCGUCUUGAAACUCGGUCACUUACGUUUAAUGCGAUCACAUAUCAUUCAAAGGUCACUCAAUGCCUUGGUAAUGUUGGUGGCCAUGUUUGGUAUCUUGGUAUUGCUAAGGGUUCUAUAGUGGAUCCAAAAGAAACCGUCCCUCAUCCAGACCAGGAAGUUAUGCAGUCAGAAUGUGGCCAUUAUUAUGUGCCCCCUCAUCCUGAUGAUGUCUGUGUUUUCCGAAUUAGUGGUCCCAAGUUUCUGAAGCUUAACAUUGGGACAUGGCAUGCGGGCCCUUUAUUCAAAGCAGACGCAAUGGAAUUCUACAAUUUGGAGCUCAGCAAUACCAAUGUGGUUGAUCACACAACGCAUUACUUCAAGGAUGGAACUGGAACCGUCUUUGCGAUUGAUGACUAGCUGCAUGGUUGUGUAGACACGCAAUUUACAGUCUAUUCUCAAUAUUAUCUCUGUAUAAUACACAAAAUCAGUACUGUUUGAUGCUAAUACUUUGCUACAAGACAGAGCUAAAUGCUGGGAUGUGCUACUCUCAUUGUACUCUCAUUUAAUUUCCUUUUCUCUUAUUUUGUUUUUCACGAAUCCAUAUAGCUAACCUGUGAAGUUGGGAUAAGGUUGAGUUUGUUGUUGUUGUUGCUGUUGUGCAGAGCUAAAUGAUGGAUAUCAUCAUCAAGUUAAAUUCCAGUGAUACCAAUCUAAUAAAUGUGAUGGUCAAUGGCACCUGCCCAUGUUAUUUCUGAA